CGCGCGCAGCCCAGCCGGGACAGGCAGAGAGGACAGCGCUGCCUGUCCCACAGCCAGAGAUCCUGACCCAGCACGGAGCAAACUCCAAGCAAGCUCAGCCCAACCUCCACGGUGACCAGACUCCUCCUGCUCAGUGUAAAUAACAGGGAAUCAUCAGAUCACCUCAGAAAGGAGAGAGAGAUGUCUAUGAUGGCCCACCAGUACCCUUCUUGGAUCUUCAUCAAUGAGAGGAAAUUCAUAACCAGGGAACAACUUAAUUCUUUAUUGAAGGACUAUAAUAUUUUUUAUGAGAACCAGAAAAACCUGCAUAUUUUAUAUGGACAGACUGAAGAUGGCAAACUAGUUGUUGAAGGAACGUUGGACAUUUUCUGGGGAGUAAAACGACCUAUACAACUGAAAAUACAAGACGAGAAGCAAAUCCCUUCUUUUACUAUGUUGAAGUCACCAGACGUCUUUUCCAGCAAAGGGGGAAUGACGCGCUGGGGAGAAUUUGAUGAUCUUUAUCAUAUUAGUGAGCUGGACCGAACUCAAACUCCAGUACCAGAAACAAGAAAUUCCCAGGAAGACUAUUUGUCUUAUCACAGCAGUACUCUGAAGCCCUACGCAGAUGAGGAGCCAGAAUCCCCACUGCUCUACAGAACUAUGAGUGAAGCAGCCCUGGUGAGAAAAAGGGUGAAGCCUCCAAUGAAGGACAGACGAGACAGAAAGAACCAUAGGGCCUCUAUUAAUGGACACUUCUAUAACCAUGAAACAUCAAUUUUCACUCCAGCCUUUGGAUCAGAAACUAAGGUCAGAAUAAAUAGUAACAUGCGAACUGAAGAAGUAAUAAAGCAACUUCUCCAAAAAUUUAAGAUUGAAAAUAGUCCCCAGGACUUCGCUCUUUACCUUAUUUUUGCAACAGGAGAACGGAGACGGCUAAAGGAGACAGACAUUCCACUACUGCAUAGGCUCAUACAGGGACCUUCUGGAAACAACGCUCGUCUUUUCCUCAUGGAUAAAGACACAGAAGAAAUUAGCAGUGAUGUGGCUCAGUACAUUAACUUUCAUUUUUCUUUCUUGGAGUCCAUUCUUCAAAGAUUAAAUGAAGAAGAAAAGAGAGAAAUUCAAAACACAAAAACGAGAUUCCAUGCAGAAAAGGCUGUUAUAGAAAAAUACCUUCGAAGUAGAAGGGUAAUAAAAACAGAGACAACAGUGUAGCACUCCAGUCCACACUGCUGCUUUUACACUUCCACAAAAAGACUUCAUAUACUGUGCAUAUGCUAAAACAAGACUUGGGCCACAGGUAUCUCCUUGCUGCUGAAUGACUACAAUGAUAAAGCAAAGCAGUUGCAGCUGAAGCCAGGCAGGAAAUGGAGAGACAUGCCCUUCAGCAUCCUUCCUCUUCCACAAGACAGCCCUCCAGGGACUUGAUGUCUGCUAAACCCACCUGAAAAAAAAAUCACCGAGAAUGAAAAAAUGCCACAAAUAUCAUCUGCAAUUUUUUUUAUGAACUCUGUUCUAAAAUGAAGUUUUAUGCAACAUCCUUCUAUCUUCUAAACUACUUCCAGUCGUAUCUCAUAGGCCCUCUAUUAAAUGGUGUGAUUACACUACAUAUACUAAGGAAUAGGCUGUAUAUAAUAAACACAGUUGAAAGAUUAUUAGUAUUCAAGUAUGAAACAGAUUCCAGACAGAGUUAUUACUUCUUAGUAAUAACUGAAAACCUAAACUAGAUGAAAGAGAAAGUAUAUUAUGGCCUAUACAGUCACAGGAAAUCUCUCUUACCAAAUAAAAUAGAGACUCAAAUCUUUAUCCAUUCACCUAUUGAUGAAUAAAGAAGUAGUCUCAUCUCACUAAAAUAAGGCAAAUGUAAUAGUUAAAAUUUAGUAUACUUAUUAAAAUUUCAAGUAGUGUCCAGUACCUGACAUCAAUAUGGUAAAAGAGUCAUCUUUCAAGUAUUGAAAGUCUACCAAAUCCAAACAAAAAGUAUUGACACUUGCAUGGGGAUGGAGGGGGGUAUAAAAAAGUAGGUGGUAUGAAAAGAAAAAUAACAGAAGAGUAAAUGCAAUGCAAAUGAUUAGUGGUUACUACAUGUAUUUAAAAAGAGAGAGAGAGGUUAUUUCUUUAUACCAUGAGCCAGCAAGAGAGAGACAGAGAGGGCCAGCCCUUCCAAUAGAGUCUCAGUGCUAUGACUGGUUCCUAGCCUUCAGCCUCAGAUCAAGGAGGUCUUGGAACUCAACAGUGAGCCCUCCCAUGUGGAAUUGCCUCGCAGAGUGACACGUUUUACCUCUAUGCCACUGUCUGGCCCCCAAAGUCACACCUUAACAGUGAUUAAGUGUACCAGUCUGUGUCUAAUCAGGAGACAGCAAUUACACAGUAACUUCAACAGAGAAGUUUCAUGUAAAGAAUUAUUAAGCUAUGGUAGGAAAGUAAAGAUUAAAAAUGGAAACAGAAUUCUAAAAGAAACCCUAAGGCUAGAGAGAACCCCACAAAUUAAAAUCUUGGAAUGAGGGCUUCAGAAUUCCCUGGAAAACGUGUGGGUGUGGGCCCACUAGGUACAAGGAGUUGGCUAGGUUGCCCAGGCCAGAGCAGGGCCACAGGUGCCCUGCAAGCAGGAAUAACCUCCUGAACGAGGAAGAGCUAAGGCAGGUGGGCAGGUUUGCAGAGGGACUCAGGGUUUUUCCAAAGGGAAUGCAUACAGAAAAGGGGGUACAGCUUUAGCUGGUGCUGAGACUGCGAGCUGGAAGCACCGCCUUUGCGGGAACCUGGUACAGCUGUGUAUGAUGUGGGCUAGAGCUUCUUCAGCUGUUCAGGACAGAGUUCAGCAAGAGGCCCUCUCUGGUCGGACCUGGGGCCUCCUCUGUGAGCUUGCACUGAGCUAAGAUGUGAUGGGCACAAUUUAUCCAAGGGACAGGUCUGCACUGGCACUCCAGAGUAUAGCAUCCCUGCUCAAAGCAAAGCUGAGAAGCAAGCAAGGGAGCAAAUGUUGGAGAAAGCGGCACCCUCCAGGCAGCCAGCACUCUGGCCUGAUCAAUGGCAGGAAAAAGCCUGCGUUCCUGGAUCCUGGCCCGUCAGCUGGGAAUCAGGAAACAGCCCUUGCUGCAAUGUUUCUCCAGCGCCCCCUGCUGACAAAGCACACAUCAUGCAUGCUGCAAAGGAAAUAUUUAAAGGCCCCUGAUCCAUUUUCACAGAGUAGGCAGCAGUGAAUUCAACCCUAGAAACAGUAACGACUGGCAUGUCUACAAAACAUAAAGUCAGGAAAAAUGAAACACACGUUUUGGUACACUAGCAAAGAUUAAGAAAUGAUAAAAUUAAGUACUCAACAAAUCAUGAUGAGAGAAGUACUCUGACUAUUAAUAGAAAUACAAACGGAUAUAAUUUUUUAAAAGCAAUUUCAUAGUUAAGUUUAUCCUGUGAUUCUACUUGUAGGAUCUUAUCAUCUAGAAAUAAUCAGAGAUAUAAAGGCCUUCUUCAAAUAUAUUUAUUACAUCAUUAAAUAUUGUGACAAAUGGAAGUCAAAAGCCUAGACGUUCAAGACAUAGAAAAAAGGCUGAAACGGGAGAAACAUUUCCUCAUUGAAUGUUAUGUACUCAUUAACAUUAUGUUUCCAAAUAAGUUUUAAUUAAAGGAUAAAGUCUAUGUAUCUAAAUAAGAACAUACACAUACAUAAUUUCAGGGUAUUUAUUA